AUGAAUUUAUUAAAGUAUGACUUUAUUGCCUAAGAAAAUUUGAAGUUCUUAAAAACAUACAAAUACAAAGGCACAGACUAAUCAUUAUUGUACAACUACAUCCUCUCACCUUUUGCGAAUUGGUGUUUGAAGUAUGUGCCUUUAAAUGUGGCGUAAAAGAAUAUUCAUAAAAAAAAAGUCCUAAUACACUAACUCUGUUGGGACUAAUUUGCAUCAUAAUUUGCCACAUUUUAUUUUAUUUUGUGAUGGGAGACAACUUUUUAGGAACAAUACCUGAUUGGUUAUUGUGGACAACGUUCAUUUUACACAUGAUCUAUAUGGUAAUUAUAAUUUACCUAAAUUAGAAUUUUGAUAAUUUAGAUGGAAAACAAGCCAGAAGAACAAGUAUAAGAAUAAAUAAAUUGUGUUUAUAGAUAAUUCAUCUCCUUUAGGUAUGAUUCUGGAUCACAACUUUGAUUCUAUGAUAAUAGCAAUAUAAGGUAUUUUAUGGACGUAAUUUAGGUACGAAUUUCGUCACAUGCCUAUAAUGCGGAUAAUCAAUAUUGGCAUUCUUAUUAAUAUGCGUCCCAACCUAUCCAUUCUAUAUCAUAGCGCAUGAAGAAUACUAUACACAUGAGAUGAAUUUGCCAAUAAUUAAUGCAGCUGCAGAAGGUACGGUCUUUGUUGGGUCAUUAUUUGCAAUAAAUGCAAUUUUUGGUACUUUCAAAAUUAUAUUUUUAAGGUUGUGAGUUUUGGACCAUGAAGAUACCACAGUUUUAUAAUUUAUAAUUCAACACUGUGGCAAUAAUAUUAUUUUUUUUUGUUGUGGCCUUCGGACUUCCUUUUGUGUAAAUAAAAUUUCAAAUAUUAUUUAUCAAGGUUCAAGAAAAUUACAAAAUUUGUCCCACUCUCCAAAGCAUUAAAAUCUCAAACCUAUAUGCUAUUCACGGGGAUAGUGUUAUUUUAUGUCAUACUCUUCUCUCCAAGUGAUGUUGGUUCAAGACAUAUGAGAGCUAUUCUAUAUAUUUUUGGUUUCACAAUGAGCAAAGCUGUGGUAUUUAUAUCUAAUUAUUAUUUAAGGGUAUUGUGGCUGUGUACCAUGUAAGCAAUUAAGAAUUGCCUAAAUAUUUGAAUUCUAUUUAUCUCUUCUUGGUAUUGCUGUUUAAUACUAUAUAUGGAUAAAUAUUUGGAUAAUCUUUAAUUGAGGAGGGAUUGUUAUUAUAAAUUUCAGCAUUCAUCACUGUUCUUGUCCACAUUCAUUUCUUGUACAAUAUAACUAGAUAAAUUAGUGAAGCUUUGAAAAUUAAAGUAUUUAAAAUCAAUAAAUGA